CAGACAGACAGACCAGACAAGUAUCGUGGCUUGAAGAGAAAACAAACCACCGGGCGACACCUUUUAUUUAAAGUCGACACUCCGACCCAGAUGGCAACCAACACGAGCACCUCCGGACCUGACCAGGUCUUUACCUCUGCAGAUCGCAUCCGCCAAUUGAAUGAAGUAGACAAGGAUGUGGCUCGACUGAUCCAUUCCGCCGGCCUAGCCAUUCAAGCCCUGACCAACGCCCGAACCGGUGACUCGUCGACAGAUAACUCCCUGCAAUCCCACCAAGCGCGGUUCAAAGAAGCGACGUCCCAAUACUUUGCCCUCCUCUCGUCGAUCGAUGUGCGACUGCGCCGCCAGGUCUACGCCCUAGAGGAGGCCUCCAUCCUGGCGCCCGAUUCCGCUUCUGCCAGGGCCGGCGACACGACCGGUGCCGGCGGGGCGGCUGCGGGUGCCUCCAAUCCGUUGGACAUCAGUUGGUUGAACAGCAGAAAGGACACCGUAGGCAAGGACAAGGAGGCUGAACUGUGGGCAGCUGCGCGCGGCUUCGUUGAGCAGAUCAGCAGCUCUGCGGGCAAGGAGAGAAUGGAUGUUGAUUGAUUGAUGAUUGCAUUCUCGACUGGAUGGGAAGGCUCUUGCCGGGGAAAUUGAAUCUCGGCGUCCUUUCUCAGCGAGCAAAUGUCGCCUGUCGGAAGUUUUAGCGUUUUGACUGUCUUGCUUGGUCGAGCAGAGCAACGCCCGUGAGGCAGUUGUCUUUGGCGGUCGGCAAUGAUUUAUGAUACCCAUAGUCACUCAAGUGACAAAUAUUAUCGAUGUUUCAAUUUCAAAUA